GCUUCUGACGCUUGACGUACUUCCGCGUGCGCCGCACCGCCGUUGUUGUCCGUACGUGCCUGCGGUGCUGGAUCUGGCGUGCUGUCAGUGGACGCGCGCGGGCAGGGGGCGUUCUCAAUGCCUGUGGCUGCGGAGCCGGCGGCAGCGCAGAGUUAGCCCGGCUCUGAGCGUGCGUUGCAGACCAAGACCUUGGCCAGCCGAGCCCUCCGUGGCCCGUCCGACCUCGGUCCUCCCGCGUCAGGGCAGCGGAACGCCUGCACGAAACAGCGCGGAAUGGCCACGGGGAUCCGGACAGCUUCGUGUUGGGCUUCCCAGACUCCUCAAAGGGCAGCAUCUUGGUCUGCUUUCCUCGGCACCCUUCCCUUUCUCUGCAUGCCACCUCACCUCCGCCGGGAUGUCUUCUGUCCCUGUCCUCACAAGACACCCGGAAGCCAACCACUGCUCCUGCUUUGGCCCCAGCACCUUCACCUUCCUCCAGCACACUUUGAGCCCUGGUCCGCCUCAGUUAUAGGCCGCACACUUCCUUGGAAGAAGGCCGAGAAUUCACCUCUUCACCACACUUUUUAUAGUUCCAGGCUCUCACUCCCACGGAGACUCAAGGGAUUGUUGUCAUUCAAGGAUAUAUCUAUGGACUUCACCUGGGAAGAAUGGCAGUUACUGGAUUCUGCGCAGAAGUACCUGUACAGGGACGUGAUACUGGAAAACUACCGCAACCUGGUGUCCGUGGGGUAUCAUGGUACCAAACCUGAUUUAAUCUUCAAGUUGGAGCAAGGAGAAGAGCCCUGGAUAAGAAAUGCCAAAAUUUCUCGUCCGCGCUGUUCAGAAGGUUGGAAAGAAUGGUACCAGAAAAAUCAAGAUGUGCUUGAAAGUGUUGAGAGAAACUAUGCGUGUAAUGCGUUUGGGAAACUUCAUCUGAGCAAAAUGCAUGGUUCUUCAAGACAGAGACUCCAUAAGUAUAACACACAUGGAAAAACUAUGACACAAAACUCAGGUUUAACCAGAAGCUGUCUCAGAAAGAGUCCUGAUAAGUUUCAUGGGUACGAACAAUCGUAUUUUCUUAAGCGUCAAAGAGCUCAUAGUAUAGAAAAAAACUGUAUCUGUGGUGAAUGCGGAAAAGCUUUUCGAUGCAAAUCACAACUCAUUGUACAUCUCAGAAUUCACACAGGAGAGAGACCUUAUGAGUGCACUAAGUGUGAGAGAGCCUUCAGCGCCAAGUCAAACCUCAACGCUCAUCAGAGAGUGCACACAGGGGAGAAGCCCUACUCGUGCAGCGAGUGUGGGAAAGUCUUCUCUUUCAGGUCACAGCUCAUUGUCCACCAGGAAGUGCACACAGGAGGGAAGCCUUACGGUUGCAGUGAGUGUGGGAAAGCCUACAGCUGGAAGUCCCAGCUCAUUUUACACCAGAGAAGUCACACGGGAGUGAAGCCCUACGAAUGCAGUGAAUGUGGGAAAGCCUUUAGCUUGAAGUCGCCGUUCAUUGUCCACCAGAGAACUCACACAGGAGUCAAACCCCAUAAAUGCAACGAGUGUGGGAAAGCCUUUCGGAGUAAGUCAUACCUGCUCGUUCACGUCAGGAUGCACACAGGCGAGAAGCCCUAUCAGUGCAGUGAGUGUGGGAAGGCCUUCAACAUGAAGACGCAGCUCGUUGUCCACCAGGGAAUUCACACGGGAAACAACCCUUACCAGUGCAGUGAGUGCGGGAAGGCCUUCGGUCGGAAGGAACAGCUCACUGCCCACCUGCGAGCUCACGCAGGAGAGAAGCCCUACGGGUGCGGCGAGUGUGGGAAGGCCUUCAGCAGCAAGUCGUACCUCGUUAUACACAGGAGGACGCACACAGGAGAGAGACCCUACGAAUGCAGUUUCUGUGAGAGAGCCUUUUGUGGGAAGUCACAGCUCAUCAUACACCAGAGAACUCACUCAACAGAGAAGCCCUACGAGUGCAGUGAGUGUGAGAAAGCCUAUCCUCGGAAGGCAUCACUUCAGAUCCACCAGAAAACUCACUCAGGAGAGAAACCAUUCAAAUGCAGUGAGUGCGGGAAAGCCUUCACCCAGAAGUCAUCUCUCAGUGAACAUCAGAGAGUCCACACAGGAGAGAAACCAUGGAAAUGUUCUGAAUGUGGGAAAUCCUUCUGUUGGAAUUCAGGGCUCCGCAUACACAGAAAAACUCACAAGUGAAAUGAGGAUGAAGUAGAUGUUAGAAGCAUUCUAAUAAAACUUGCUCCUUAGGAGACUUCAGGUGAUAAUGUAGAAGGACAUAUAAGCAGAAAGCCCUAAAAAUACACAUACUAACUUAAUAUAGGAGAGAAACCAAGCGUAUUUGGAGUGAGUGUGCAAAAGCUUUUAGAAAUGUCGUAUACAGGCUUUGUAGAUGAGAAUAAUGGAAGGAACCGAGCAGUAACUGUAUCGAAUGUAAUGGCAUCAUGAGGCAUUAAUUUGGAGGAUUCAUUCUGAGAACACUUUAUAAAUUUAAUAAAUUGGGAAAGUGUUUUCCUGUAGAAAAUGUGUUAUAUGGAGAGUCACAUUCCCGAUUUGAAGCUAUGUUUUAGAAGGAAGGAAAUAAUUAUAAACCUUAGACUUUUUCAUGGUGGAAUAUAAAGGUUUUUAUUUUGAUAUGUAAAUAAAACAUCAGGGAAACAGAAGGAACAUAUCCUGCAGGUUAAGGGAUAUUUAGUGUGACUUUCCUGAGCAACACUGAAUAGCAUUUUUUAAAAUUUUGUUAUUUUAUUUUUUAAUGUAACUUGUAUUACAUAUAUUUGAUAGUUUGCAGAAUAACACCCCCAAUAUUCUUCAUAGUAAUGUUAAAUAUCAGUAUUGUCUAUUUCUUGGCAAUAUAAAUAAUAUAAUGUGACUUAAUAAAUGAAAAGACAUGGUUCUAACCCCAAACGGGGUCACUUACUUGUGAAUCUACAUAUGUGAGUCUGGCAGGUAGUACAGGGCUGCUUGAGGGAGCUCACCAUGAGGAAUGUUGAGGGCAUUUGCAGGGUGUCCAACCUUUUGGCAUCUCUGGGCCACACUGGAAGAAGAAGAGUUGUCUUGGGCCACACAUUAAAUACAUUGCAACACAUAAUUUAAAAAAUAAUAUUUUAGGUAAAUUUACAGUUUUGUGUUGGGCCGUAUUCAUAGCCAUCUAGGGACACAUGGGGCCCAUGGGUCACAGGUUGGACACCCCCAUUUUAGCAGGUCAGUAGCCAUUCCUGUGCAUCCAUAUGAGCACCCUAGUUUUCUCUGGAGAAAUAGCUCUGUCUUGUCAUCAUGUUUUUCCGGGUGUCCUGUCCACUCACUACAGGUGGGCAUCACACCCAUUGUUGGGGAAGAGGAGCCUCUUCCAGGACCUGGAGUCUAAUCAGUCUCAGGUGAACCAGAAGGGAAACGGAGUUCGGAUGUUCUUGUCUCACAGCCCUAUGGAGACCAUCAGCUCCUUCCUGCUCCGCUGAUGUCCCAGAAUGACUCGGUACGCUUCCUUUUGGAACCUGGUUUUCUGGCUUUGUGGGUGCUUCUUUAUAACUUUUUAAUAAAAGUGGGUCUUUUCUUCCUGCUAAAGUUAAGGAGGAGUUUCUUGUAACCACAAGGCUUUAGUUCAUAAACUUGUUGCCCCUAACAUUGUGUAGGUAACAAAAUGGUAGAGACAAGUGCAGUUUGUGGCUUAGGUUUUCUUCCUGAAAUGAAGAAAAUCUUUCAGAUUCUUGUUUAAGUUCCAAGACAAACUUUUUAGCUCAUAGGAUGAAAUGGUGUCCUUGUUUGCGUACACCAGAAACCUUGUGGCCCCUGAGGAGAUUCUGGGAACUUGGAGGAACUAUUGCCAUGGAAGAGUUUUACAUUUAUGAGGAAAUCUGGGACUGGAGAUGAGACAGCUCCCUCUGGUCAUCUUGGCCCUUGAGUUCCACAGUGGCAGGCCUGAAGCCCUGGAGUCUCUCCUAGAAG